CCGCCGGGAGGCGCGGCCGGCGGGGAGGCGCAGGCCGGCGGGCCCGGUGCGGAGCGCGGCGCCAUGCAGAAAUACGAGAAGCUGGAGAAGAUCGGGGAAGGCACCUACGGGACCGUGUUCAAGGCCAAGAACCGGGAGACGCACGAGAUCGUGGCGCUGAAGCGGGUGCGGCUGGACGACGACGACGAGGGCGUGCCCAGCUCGGCGCUGCGCGAGAUCUGCCUCCUCAAGGAGCUCAAGCACAAGAACAUCGUCAGGCUUCACGACGUCUUGCACAGCGACAAGAAGCUGACCCUGGUGUUUGAGUUCUGCGACCAGGACCUGAAGAAAUAUUUCGAUAGCUGCAAUGGGGACUUGGAUCCAGAGAUCGUCAAGUCUUUCAUGUACCAGUUGCUGAAGGGACUUGCUUUUUGCCACAGCCGCAAUGUCCUGCACAGAGACCUCAAACCCCAGAACCUUCUUAUUAAUAGAAAUGGGGAACUCAAACUGGCUGACUUUGGCUUGGCCCGGGCCUUUGGUAUUCCUGUGCGCUGCUACUCAGCAGAGGUCGUCACUCUGUGGUAUCGGCCCCCAGAUGUGCUCUUCGGUGCCAAGCUCUACUCCACUUCCAUAGACAUGUGGUCAGCUGGCUGCAUCUUUGCAGAGCUGGCUAAUGCUGGGCGGCCGUUGUUCCCAGGCAAUGAUGUAGAUGACCAGCUGAAAAGGAUUUUCCGGCUGCUGGGAACCCCCACAGAGGAGCAGUGGCCAGCGAUGGCCAAACUGCCAGACUACAAGCCGUAUCCCAUGUACCCCGCCACGACGUCUCUGGUGAACGUGGUGCCUAAGCUGAACGCGACUGGCCGGGACCUGCUGCAGAACCUGCUGAAGUGCAACCCCGUGCAGCGAAUAUCAGCUGAGGAGGCUCUACAGCACCCCUAUUUCACGGACUUCUGCCCUCCCUAGAGACUGCCCCGUGCUGAGCUGUGGGGCAGCACCCCUGGCUCCUGGCAUGCCCCUGGGAGCACUGGGGAGGGGACGGCCCCUGUGGCAGUGGGUGGGAUGGGGGACAUGAGGUGAGGCGCAGGGUGCCAGCACCCCAGAACCAUAGCCCCUUCCUGGUAUUUAUUAGGUUUUUAACCAAAUGCAAUUCCUGGUUCUGCCCCAGUUGCUGGGGGUUAGCUCUGCCUUCCCUGCCUCCCAUGCCCUGGCAGCAGGAUUGGGACUGCUCGCGGCUCUCCAGUCUGACUGUGAGGAGGAGGCUUUCCCGGGCCUGCUGCAGAGCCGCGUGAGGCUCAGAGCCUGGAGGAGGAGCUGCUGACGCCUCCCUUCCCCCGGGCCCCCGACACCUGGGAUCCACAGAGCUGGCAGAGGGGCAGGACCCUCCGGUAUGGGUGGGUGGCUGCUGUUCCUGUUUCCUCUCUCCCUUCUCCCUGCUUCCCUCCCAGCCGCUUUCCCCCCCUGGCAGCAGAUGGGGUCCUUGGUGGCUCCCGGGAUGGGGGGAAGGCGCUUCCUUUCUUUUUGUACUGUGCUCCUGUACGUGGGUGAAUGUGCAUAUUUGUUAACUUCAUAAAGAGCUUCCUUCUCCCCA